AUGUCCAUUACACAGCUCUUUCCUGACGCCAUCACAGACGGCGAGGGAACCACUUACAUACCGCUUAAAGGCUCAGAGUACGCAAACAGCAAUAGCGAGCAUUUGUUCACCGCGAAACACUACGAUUGGCGCGACGAUUUUGUCAACAACGGCUAUGUCGUGAUCAAAAACGCUAUUCCGCGAGACCGCGCGCUGGAAUACCAGAAAGAAGUGUUCCAGCUGGUAGCCACAUUUGCCAGCGUUGACUUUGACAAUCCCGCCUCUUGGACACCAGAAACCCUGCCCUCUGUGCCGGGCAAUAUCUACAGCGGCCACGGACUCAACCACGAAAAAGUGUUUUGGGACGCACGGCUUGAGCAAGGCGUUGUCGACACAUUCGCGCAUCUUUGGGGUACCGAUCAGCUUCUUGUGUCCUACGACGGCUUCAAUGUCACACUUCCCGUAGAGCGAACCAUACAACCGUGGCCGCAUUUCGACCAGUCGCCGUAUAAAAAGGGCCUGCACUGUGCGCAAGGAAUUAUCUGUUUGAGCGACCACACACCUUCUGACGGCGGUCUAGUGGUCUACCGGCGCUCGCAUCUUUUGUUUGAGGAGUUUUUCCAGACUUUUCCUGACUGGGAAAAAGACGACUACGUCGAGCUGACUCCUGAGCAGCUGGCGUGGUUCACAGAGCGCGGAUGUGAGGAGUUCAAGAUCUCGUGCGAGGCGGGCGACCUCAUUAUUUGGGACUCGCGGACGUGCCACUGGGGAAAACCUCCGACGGAAAAAAGUGAGCACGUUCGCACGGUCCUGUAUGCAUCGUAUGCUCCGGCGCAAUUUGCGUCGGCCGAGUUUCUGGAAAAACGUAGCAGGCUCUUCUACGCUGGUGAGGGAACCACGCACUGGACUCACACAAACCUGGCGUCGUAUUCAGCACCUAUUCCUGCGCUGGCCGACAGAAAUACGCCCAGUAGUCCGCCAGAGCUUUCCGACAGGCUGCUGCGGCUGGCCGGUAUAAAAAGUUACUAA